AUGGAUUUGUGUUUUCCAGGCUCAUUUGCCAUCACGGGCCCAAGAGAAAAGCGAGGCGUGGUGGGGAACUCAUUGACUGUGCAGUGUCGAUACGACCCUGGGUGGGAGACGUAUGUGAAGUGGUGGUGCCGAGGAGCUGCCUGGAGCAGCUGCAAGAUUCUUGUUGAAACCACUGGAUCAGAGAAGGAGGUGAAGAAGGACCGUGUGUCCAUCAGGGACACCUGGAAAAAUCACUCAUUCACUGUGACCACGAAGGAGCUCAGCCUAAGCGAUGCAGACACAUACUGGUGUGGGAUUGAGAGAGUCGGAAGUGACCUGGCGACCCAAGUUAAAGUGACCGUUGACCCAGUGCCUGUCAGCCCUUCUGAAGCACCUGUCAACCCGUCCGCAGAGCCUGUCAACCCUUCUGCAGAGCCCGUCAACCCAUCCUCAGAGCCUGUCAACCUGGAAGGGACCAGUGGCUGCUCGGAUGUGACCAGCUCCUGCUCCAACAGCAGGUCCCUGCUCGGCAGCAUCCCUUUCCUGCUCCUGGUCUUCCUGGAGGUGCCCCUGCUGCUGGGGAUGCUCAGUGCUGUCCUCUGGGUCAACAGGCCCCUGAGGAGCUCUGGGGGGGAAGGGCCCUGA